AUGCAACCAUUGCGAUUUUUUCACAUCAUCAAAGUUAUUUUUGUCAUUUUGGAUUUAAAUGACAAUAAACCAUUUUUUACUAAAAGUUUGUUUCAGACAAGUGUUCUCGAAAAUACUAACAUUGGCUUUAGAAUAGCUUUACCAACAGCCAUUGAUACUGAUUCGCCUGAGAACGGAAUAAUUGGGUACACGUUACACGAUUGCGAUCAUACUGACGCUCAAUAUUUCAAACUUGUUUAUAAUAUAACAAAACAAAAUUUGUCAACGCUCUCAAAAAAUUUUCAUCCUAAUAAAAAUUAUUUAGAUCUUGAAAUAACAGGUUUGCUAGAUAGAGAACUAAAAAGUCUUCACACAUUCGCUGUAGAAGCUUGGGAUGAUGAAAAUCUUUUUCGUAAAAAACAACGUCAUAUAAAACUAAAAUCUCCCAAUGAUAACCAUUGCACAAUUCCAUCAUUAUUUAUAAAAAUAAACGUAGACGAUGUCAAUGACAAUAAACCAAUAUUUUUGGAAAAGUUUUACAAAGUUGAUGUGUAUGAAAAUAUUCCGGGGGGUUCGUCGUUGGUUACUGUAAGGGCAACUGAUGAAGAUAUCGACAAAAACGGCCUUAUUGCUUACAGUUUGUCAGAAAAAACAAUUUUUCAUUAUUUAAAUAUGUUUUCUAUUAAUUCUAAAACUGGAGAAAUAAUUCUCAUAAAGAAAUCUGAUGAUGAAUUAGUGUUAGACUACGAAGUACAGAACCAAUAUACUUUAGAAAUUGUCGCAAGCGAUCAUGGAAAUGUUUCUCUUUCAGAAAAAACCCACGUACUUAUUAAAGUCUUAGACGUGAACGACAAUCCUCCAAAAAUUCAUCUAGAUCCAAAUAUAUUGGAAGCUAGUGGAUGUUGCUGGUGGGUAGAAGAAAAUAAAAACAAGAAUACAAUUGUGGCUACAGUUUCUGUGUUUGAUCCAGAUUCUGAUGGAGAAGGGGCAAUAGAGUGCUUCCUACAGACCUUCAAUUAUACCCUAUUUCAGUUGCACGCAAAUGACAUCGACGAAGGUAUUAAUGCAGAAAUUAGAUACAGAUUGAAGAAAAAAAGAGACAGUGAUGUCUUCCAUGUUGAUUCUAAAAGUGGUAACGUAUGGAGUGUAACGCAACUGAAUAGAGAAUAUCAGUCGAUCCACGAACUGAAAGUUAUUGCUGAAGACCAAGGAAGAAUAAUUCAAAAAUUUUCGGCGGUUAAAGUUUUUGUUAUUGUUGAAGAUGUUAAUGAUGAAAAACCACAAUUUUCAGAAAAGUCCUAUUUUAUCAACGUACUAGAAAACGUUACUGCUGGAAAUAUCAUUGGUCAAAUAGAAGCCAUCGAUAAAGAUCUACCGCCGUAUGAUGAAUGCAUUUAUAACGUAGAACCUUAUAAUUCUCAUUUAAUGAAAUUCAAAAUUUUCACUAACAUCUCUAAUUUAGCAAAAAAUGCUAUUAAAAAGAAAGAAGAUUAUGAAGAUUUUGAUCGUAAAAGGCAAAAUUAUUUACUUAAGGACACUAAUUCUUCUAAAAUUAUUGUUAAUGUUCUUCAGACAGUUAUUGAUAUUGGAUUUCAGAUUUCUAUUUAA